UAUACUAGGCUAAUUCUAAUAUUUACAUUUAAUAUUAGUGAGUUACUUAUAAAUGUUGAUGACGAGUAACCAAAAUUUUAAAUUUUCUUUUAAAAAUUAUUGCUGACCAUUUAAACUUCAUACUAUACAUUAAGAAGUUUCUUGGGAUGAAUGGUUAAACUCUCAAAGAUUUUAAAAAAUCUCGAUUUAAAUGAUAUGCUUUCCCCUUCCUCCUCCUCUUUUUUUUUUUUUAAUAUUUUUUUCACAUGUGCUUUCCUAUUAAUAAUAUAGGAAUUAAUAUUUAUUAUUAUUAUUAUUAUUUUAACAAACAAUAAAAGUCACAUUCUAUUCUCAAAAUGGUUUGAAAACUCGAGAUAUGUGCAAUUAUUCGUAUAUCUCACAUAUAAUUUAAAUUUAGAUAUUUUUAUGCCAUAUGAAAAUCCAAUCCCGGGAAUAAAUUUUUUUGUAGGAAUUAAUUCAUCACAUUAUUGAUUUAAAAAGAAAAUAAAAGUGUUACAUAAAAAAAAUAAAAUAAAAUAAAAAAAUAAAAUAAAAUAAAAUAAAAUAAAGUGAGGAAUGACUUAAUAUAGGUUGGAAUCAGUUAAAGAGAGGUCGGUAGUUUCGGUCCUGUGAACAAACGCACCCGGGUUUAAACGCGCGAUUCAUGGUCCUCAGCUUUUGAACCGUUGUUCGCCAAAUCAUUUGGUUGAACAAAGGUCCCAAGAACAAAACACAAGAGAAGAAAACCUAAUCCAAAUUUAUAGAAAACAAAUAAUUUUUCUUUUUCUGAAAUCACCCUUUUCUGAUUUCUCUUUCUUGCUUUAUCCAGAGACAAACACACACACACACACACACACAUAUAUAUUGAAGAUGAACACGGAGGACCCAGAUGGGACCCCUCAAUAUUCUUCCAAGAAGAACUCCAAGAGACCUAAAUAUUCCAGAUUUACACAGCAAGAGCUUCCUGCUUGCAAACCACUUCUAACUCCAGGAAUCGUCAUUAUCACACUCAUCGUUGUUGGCAUAGUCUUCAUCCCCGUUGGCCUUGUUUCCUUGUUUGCAUCAGGGCGUGUGGUGGAAGUUGUAGAUCGCUAUGAUGAGGAUUGCAUUCCUUCAGACUAUAGCAAAAAAAUGCUUGCAUAUAUCCAAAGCACCAAAACCAACAAAACUUGUAUCAGGAGCUUGAUUGUUCCAAAGCAAAUGAAAAGUCCCAUUUACAUAUAUUAUGAGCUUGACCACUUCUACCAGAACCAUCGCCGAUAUGUCAAAAGUAGAAGUGACAAACAACUGAGCAGCAAGAAAUUCGAGAAUGAAACAAAAACCUGUGGUCCUGAAGACUUUACGGGGAAGAGGUCUUCAAUAGUACCUUGUGGCCUCAUUGCUUGGAGUUUAUUCAAUGACUCGUACAGGUUUUCAUUGAAUAACAAAGUGGUACACGUCAGUAAAAAGGACAUAGCAUGGGACAGUGACCAAAAUUAUAAAUUUGGAUCUGAUGUAUAUCCUAAGAAUUUCCAGAAUAAUGGGUUGAUUGGUGGUGCAAAACUCAACUCGAGCAUUCCUUUGAGCAAGCAAGAGGAUCUUAUAGUUUGGAUGCGGACUGCUGCAUUUCCAACUUUCAGAAAGCUAUAUGGGAAGAUAGAGGAAGAUCUUAAAGCCGAUCAGAAGAUAACAGUUGAAAUACAGAACAAUUAUAACACUUACAGUUUCGGGGGGCAAAAAAAGCUGGUUCUUUCAACAACAAGUUGGAUCGGUGGAAAAAAUGAUUUCCUAGGCGCAGCAUACCUUACGGUUGGUGGAGUUUGCGUAUUUAUGGCAAUAAGCUUCAUACUUUUGUACAUCAUCAAGCCAAGGCCUCUCGGCGAUCCAUCCUACUUGUCAUGGAACCGAAAUCCUGCAGGGCAGUUGAACUAGUAUAUUUCCAAUAAUAUGAAUGUUGAUCAUUGCACUGCCUGCUCUGCUGAAUUAUUCCGGAUAUUUUCUUAUUCACAAAAGAGCUUCACCUGGUAGAGCUGCUAACUUCAUUAAGUUUCAAGAGUUCCGUUAUAAAUGUAUAUACCUUUGCUGUUAUUGAAUAGUUAGAUUUUUGACUUAAAUUUGAAUAUCAUUGCAUUUAUUGGGUGC